AUGGAGUUUACAAGAAUGAGUGUGCACUUUUUCUUGUUUUCUUCGCUUAUUGGGACGCUUUUAACAAUCUCAUUUACUAGUGCAUUUCGUCUAAAUGAUGUCAUCGAUGGCAGACUCAAGCAUAUCCCUUUGAAGAGAACAAGACCUGAUGGUCGGUUCGGUUUUCUCCGCGGAAAAGACUUAGAGCAAUUUGACAAGGAACUGAGGCAGUUGUUCAUUGACGAUGGGGCCGAGGAUCAUACUAGAUUGAGACGAAGUGUGGAUGGUACAGUCCGCAGUCAUAACCGCACAAUAAUAGAUGAAUUUGAACUCAAAGGAGACAACCAUUCUGUGGCGUUCUUGCAUUGGGCGGGCAAAAAAAGUUCGGUAGGUAUCCUGUACCUUAUAAAACGUGCAGCUUGCUAGAUCGACCAGGUGAAAAUAUAUUAAACUUGCUGCUGUGGCGAUCGACCGAUUUGCAUACCUUUGAAGCUGUAAAAAUCCUACACCUUGCUUAAAGUUAAAAAAAAAACCAACAUUGGCUCAGUUGUGUUCAUUUUCCAACGUACGUUUGAUGACUUUAGAAGCGGGCACCACAAUCUGAAAAUAAAAGCCUAAGUAUUCGAAACAAUUGAUCCUAUUGUUAUGUAAGACAUCUCUCACACCUGUUAAUAAACAGGUGCACUGUGUAUUGCUACUUUUUAAAAGCCAUAGUAUUAAGAAAUAUAAACUUGCAGGGUAGGUAAUACAGGAAGUACAAUGUAAAGCUAAAGGUUAAUUAGGAUAAGUGUGCCUUCCCGUGGCGCAUUUACUAGACUAGUGUUGUCCUACAUCAAAGCAAAUACAAAUGCAAAUCAUUUCCGCAAUUCGGUAGAGCUUGAAAUGUAAGCAUGCACUCAGGCAUGAUCAGGCCGAAGAGAAGAGGAAAACAAUGUUGCCAUUUCAAAAUUAAAACAACUGCAGGCGAUUGUACACCCUAGAAAACCAUAAACUUAUGCCAGAGAGUUGUUUGAAGAAAAGUGGCAUGUACAUAUAAUAUUAUUGUAGGUUAGAAAAUUUAACACUAUGCCAUUGACUUUGUCUAUUCUAUAAAAUGGUAGCCUAUCUUUGUCUGAUUACUCAUCUGUCCAUAAAUACAGUCAAUGAAAUUUAUUAGACAGAACACUGACCUUUGGGCAAACUAUCUGUUUAGAUCAUGUUGACAGAUGAUUUCUCUGUGUGGAAUUGUAAUCUGCCUAUAGUAUCUGAGUCAAGCCUGUAGUGAUCAGAAAGUAAUGAAAGAGUGCUUCAGCUACCUAAAUGUAAACAGUUGAACAUAUGCCAUAAAUCAAUAGAGCUUUGUUUCAUCUGGUGAUGAAAACAAUGUUGAAUGUAAACCCCUUGUGGGCUUUUCACAUUAAAUUUAGAAGUCUUAUUAAAAAAGCUAACUAAUAAAAUAACAAAUUACAAGUUAUUUGUAAUUUGUUAUCUUUUUUGUUGCUGAAGACAAAAAUUAAUAAGGUUUACCCUUUAAGUGCCAAUAGUGACCAAGAUCAAUUUACUCCUAACAAUAUCCAUACACUGUCAACAGAUAAGUUCUGAGAAUUAAUAAAAUGAUCACCCAAGUAAAAAUGCUUUGAUGUUUUAUAUUGCUGUAUUGCUUUGAUGUUUUAUAUUGACUGUAUUGCUGUAUUGCUUUGAUGUUUUAUAUUGACUGUAUGUUUGAUAUUUAAUUCUCUCAACUAAUUCUUCAGGGAAAUGUAUGGAGAUCAGUUUGGAGAAUUUGUUUGUGGUUACUGGGGCUUAAAGGGUUAAGAUCAGUAAACAACAUUCUAUAAAAAAUAAGUUCUUACUUACAUCCAAUACAUUAAGCUCACACAAAAUUACAAUGAGUUCAAGAGGAAAGAAAAAGGGGAAAAAUUAGUGAAAGGAAGGACAAGGAGAAAAAAGUCUGAAUAGGAUUGUUAGGAUUCCAUUAUUUUAAUAAACUGGCACAAAAGGCACUUAGAAGCUUAAACAACAACUUACAAGUGAAGUGAGUUGAGGAUGGUCUCAUAUGAUUGGCUAAAUCACACAAACCGAUUGUAAUAUGACAUGAUAACGUUACAAGACUUAAGCCUGUCAGUUGCCACACAUGUUUAAUAUAAUUUUUCCACACUAUAUUGUUCAAAUAGUGUGCAUAGAAAUACAUCUAAAUGAGGUUUCUAUGCGAUGUUUUUUUCAAGUGUACACUUGACAGGGUUUGCACAGUCUUGAAAAGUCCUUGAAUUGUAGGGGGAGUCCUUGAAAAGUCCUUGAAUUCCAUUUUCCUUGAAAAGUCCUUGAAUUUUCAUCAACUUUGAAUGUUAAAAGUGGCCUAGAAAGUGUUUUUAAUGCUUCUUGGUUGUCCAAAACAGAAUAUAAAUCAUUGCUCAGAGAAGUUAAAGGUGAUUUACUUAAACGUUUUUUUGCUUUCUGUGCAAAAAUUAACUAUCAAUAUUAUUCAAGACAAGUGAACUGAAAAAUGUAGAGAAGUUGGUGGAGAAAACAGUUCAAGCCUUUAAAGUAACAUUAGAAUGGACUGGGAAAUAAAGUUAUGUGCAUUUUUUGUUCAAUCUGUGAAAUUAGAUUUCCGGUAGGUGGUCCUUGAAAUUAAAAUUGAAUGUGGUCUUUGAAAAGUCCUUGAAAAGUCCUUAAAAAAUGGUUACAAUUUUUUCUAUGAAUCCUGGUUCAAGUAUUUCUUUUGCAGUGAUACCAAUAAACAGGGAAAAAAAACUACAUACAUUAAGACACAUACCAGUCGGUCUUUGGCUCCCAGUUAUCCAGCGAAAUUGUGGUCAUUUUGCCUUAAAGUUGUUUUGCCCUUCAGCAUUUCGCCCUCUUGUAAGUUGAUUUGCCCAAUAACAAAGAACACUCAACGGACAACAAUAUGGCUUAUCAGACAUGUCUUUGAGUUAAGCUUGGAUUCCAUUCUUGAUUGCUGGAAAAAGGUCCAAUGAUCUGAACCAACUAAGCAAUCUUGAUAAUCAUAUUCAAGAUACUGAAAGAAUAUGUACAAAACUGUAGUCUACAUGUGCAAUAGUGAUUGCAAUGAUCGCACCAAAUCAUAAGUCUGGGCGAACUGACCUCAGGUGAAUUGACUUUCACAUUAAAGAAUUACCUUUUUAGCAACAGUUCUAUGCCAUUCUAGUGCUUUGUGCCUGAAAUUUUAAACUUCUAAAGCAUGAAGAAAUAAUGAAUCUUAUUCUGUUAAUCUUUCAGGUAAUUUAUAUCUACACCUGUGGACAAAUUAACCAAACUGAAAAUGAUCACACUCUUUGUGAAGAUGCCUAUUUCUGGAGGUAAGCUGUUCUGUCAUUUUUAAAAACUGUACAUAGCUAAUGCAAAUGAUUACAGAGUAGUUAUAAAACUGAUGAUGUCACAAGCAGUACAAGGUCUGCAGAUCUGUUCCAGGGGAUAAUGGGCAGUUUAAGUGUGAAUGGCUUGAAAUUGAAUGACACAAGUAUGCUUUUUUAAUAAUUUUUACUUUUUCUUCAUUUUUUUUUUCAUUUGCUUCUUAUACACAUUACAUAAACAUAGAUCUUAAAUACAGAAGAAAUACAUUUAAUGUAAACAAAAUUAAUUAACGAUUUGAUAGUAAGGUUGCUAGACAGGAUAUUCUGUAGAAUAUAUUUUGUCUUGUCUUUUGGAAUCUGUAGAUAUUGGAUUUUUUUAAAAACAAGGCAGGGGAAAAAGGAGAGUUUACUCAAAUAAAUGCCUUUUCUGAAUAAUUUUUCCACUUUUCUUCAAAAAUUUUCUCUGUUCCUUUAAUAAUUGAAAUUUGUUUGUUUUAAACAUAUGCUACAGUAGAUGGUUUUGAGCUUUUGUGUUUGCAACUAAAGAUAUAAAAACUUAUUUUGUCUUCAUAAAGGUCAUCAGAUUAUGGCAGCACAUUUCAUCGGGUAGAUGAAGCAUUCAGUCACAAAACCAUAAAUAAUGUGGAUUUUUGUGCCAGCAAUAAUAAGAAAGUAUGUUGAAUACAUUAUGUUAUGAAUUGUUACAGUUUUAUAUUUUUUUAGAGAAUAGCUCAAUUGAUUAGCAAUGUUUUAAAAUUUAGCAAAAAAGGAGAAUACUUGUCCUUAGAAUUUGUGUUGUGGCCUUGUUUUGCUUCAUAGCAACUUGUUUUGAAAGUUGUAAAACAAUAUAUUUUAAGGCUGAGUUCAGAAAGACUUACCGUUAUGAACUUUGUCUCUAAAGAUUUCUUUGAAAUUUAUCUCAUUGCAGAAAUUGAAGCCAAGAAUAUCAGCAAAAAUUUCUUGGAAUAUCAUUUUCUUGGCAAAAUAUGGUUCACUUUAGCUCUAAUUUUGCUCAAAAGUAUUGACCACUUUAUAUUUACAAAUUGAAGUUUUAAUAUUAUGCCUGAAAAACGUUGCAAGACUUUGGACUUUUUGCAGUCAUUCGGUUAAAACCAAAACAACUUUCAUAAUAGAUUGCUGCUUUGAUCUGUAAUGACAACAGAUCCUCCUUGACCCUUCAAAUAUAUAUAUAAAAGAUCAAGGCAUUUCUUUUUGGUGGUCAUUUUUAAAAAAUUCUCAAAACCUUUUCUCUUAAUUAUGUAUGGAUAUUGUUAGGAGAAAAUUGAUGUUGGUCACCAUUGGGACUUCAAGGGUUAACUUAGCCUGCAUAGCAAGUGUUUCCAAUUAAGUUAGAGGGCAAAAGUUGGAUCGAGAGUAAAGCAAAAUGGAAGGGGGAGGGGAGAAGAGGAAACGCAGGCCUGCAAAUCCCACGGCUCUGGAAAAUGCCCCUUGAUAUUUCACAGUUCGGUUCAUUUGUAAAUUCGACAGCUCAUCAACGUAGCAGCCAGUACACAGUGAAACAUGAAUAACAAACUGGUUACCAGAUUUGUAAAUUUUACUUUGUUCUCUUCAAAACAUGCUCCACAUAAUUGCAGGAAACUAUGGUAAAGUAACUUUAUGGUACUGUAGUUGUUGUUUAUUGUCAAGUUUAAUUUGGAGCAUUAUGUGGUUUCAUCUCAACUGAAACCUUAUCAAAACAUUGCAAAGAAAUGAUUUGUCUGGAACAAUUCAGUCCUCCAGGUAUUUGAGAUAUCCUUUUGCUUUAUCGAAGAAUGAAUCCUCGAUAAAAAGCGUUAUCUGUGAUUCCUUUUUGGCCUGUUUGUUUUUCAAGGCAUCCAACUGUUCGUAAAAUAUUUCUCUUGGUACACACGGUACAUGUACAUGAGGUUAGGCCAUGUUUCGAGCUCUAAGUCCCACCCUAUACCAAAUGCGCUUUUUUUACUGUAUGAAUAUUUCAAGAACAAAUUUGGCCGAGCAGAGGGGAGUGUGGAGCUAAUUACUUAUAAGGUCAACAAAUAUCGGUUGCUCUCCAACGAAUUCUACCGUGGUCUAAUGGAGAGAAUGGAUGGCAGCAGGCUGGUGGUUCAAAUCCUGGCAUGAACAAUAUCAAAGUGAAUAAAUAAAUAGUGUAGAGGUGGAGUGGUAAAUAAGUCAGGGUGGGUAAAUGAAAGAUCCUGUGGGGUGGUAGGGUAGGGUAAAAGACUAAGAGGAGAUCUGUGGAUGAUAGAUUGCAGGAAAAGUUCCAUCCUUCGUCCUUCCUCUCUUUCAUUUUGUAUCUGAUUUUUUUCAGAACCCCCCUCAAAAAGCCAUGCCCAUAUUUUUCAUCCUCACCCCAAAAAGAAAAGGCCCUUUUUCAGACAGUUGAUUAACAACUGGUUAACAAAAAUUAAACUGGUCGAAAAAAAUUGAGCCGGUUUGGAAAAAAUUAAACUAGAGGUUAAAAUUGAACUACAACACCUGCACGCUGUCAUUCCCAAUAAAUUGGCCUUCACUAGUUUCCACUGCUCGAUCUCCAAAUAUACUUUGAAGGGGCGAAAUAACAGCGAUGCUAGCGAGACCUCCUUUCAGCUUAGAUCUGAUAAACCUUCGCACAAACAUGGUUUAAAUAAAUAUCAGUCCAAAACAUUUCUAAUCUGCGACCAGCAUUUCCUUCUGUCCUCUCCGCACCCCUUCAUUCCUCGUUUUUGCUCUCCUCCCAACUGUCUUGACGAACUCACAUGGAAACGCUUGCUACCCAGGUUACUUUAACUUCAUAUAAAACUGCAAACCACAUGUACUGUACUUAUUUUUCCUUUUAUAUAUUUCUUUAAGGUCAUUGUUAGUUCGCUGAAAGAUGGCACUCUUUACAUCUCAGCAGAUGAGGGGAAAACUUUUAAAUCAACAAGCUUGGCUAUUUCACCGCAUGUAAUUUCCUGUAGUCCUUAUUCCGACCAGUGGAUUGUUGCCCAUGAUACAAAAACAAAAAAGGUAUAAUGGUACAGUGCUUUAUUGCAGGUGACAAGAGGAGCCUGUAAGCCUUAUCUCCAGGUUGUUUUAAUUACACAUGCGUCGCAUGUAUGUAGCUAGAAUUCAUUUGCACUUCCACUAAGAAUGUAUGGAAUGCACAGAACACAAUUUGAUCACGCACAUUUGCACCUUCUAUCACUCAAAUUCUGAUCAUGUGAAUUUGAUCGCACACGUUUUUGACCAUCUGUCAAGUGAAAAUUACACAAAGCACAACACUGGAGCAAAAGCAUUUUGACCUUCGAUCAUUGUCGCCCGCACUAUGUAACAUUUGGUUAUUACUAGUAUCUUUUAAUAUAUAAUAGAAUUCAAACAGCUGAAACUACCCCUCAAAACCGGGGGAUUUGACUUGCUGGUAAUCAGGGUUGCCAUGGUCAGGGAAAAGUCAGGGAAAAAUGAACAUUUUUCAAGGUCAGGGAAAAGUCAGGGAAUUUUUUAAAAAGUCAGGGAAAAUCUUUGAUAUUGUCAAAGUCAGUGAAAAGUCGGGGAAUUCUGUUUUCCGGUUUAUAGUUCAUAACUUUUCUUCAAGAUUUUGAAAUGCAUUUUCUUUCGGAAAAGACAAAAAGUAUGGUGCAAGGCAAGAAAAGCGAUCAAUUUGACACUACAUCUGACACAUGUGGUAGUUGUGAUCAGUGGUUUUCAUUGUGAAUGCUUUCUUGCAAAUUCCUUCUUCCCCUGUCCGCGCAAAGCAGAAAGAGUUUGAAAAUGAAGAGAAAACUAUUGAUGGCCCCUAAAAAAGCUAAAGUGAAUGGUAACAUGGAUUGUUUCUCAUUAAUAAAAGAUCAGUGAAAACUUUUUAAAGGUCAGUGAAAAGUGAGGGAAUUUUUAACUUUCUGAUGAGUGGCAACCCUGGUAAUGCUCAGAUGGCCUCAGUUCUGGCUAAUUGUGAAGAACAACUCCCCUAAACUGACGGACAACCAAUAGUAAACUGACAGUUGGCCAACUGACAGACUUGCUCAAAGCAAGCUGUUUAUUUUAAAUUCGUGCACUUUUCAAAAAUGGAACCUCAAUUUACCUUAAAACCACAAAAUCAUAGUUUGGAUUCCUACCUUGCAAAAAAAUGCAAAAAUUAAAGACCCACAAAAAUAAGUGCUAUUAAGGUAGACACCCUGGGUGUCUGUUAAAUUCGUUACUGUACUCUGAACCCUUUAAGCUUUAAUUCUCCAUACUGAUCUUCAUCCGUUCCUUAAAGAAGUAGUUGAGAGAGCGGGUUUGAUAAGAGAUCAAAGCAUUUUUUCUUUAGUGGUCAUUAUAUUAACUCUCAUAACCAUUUCUCAUUUCUUGGCAACAUAUGGAUAUACCGUAUUUAUUCGAUUAACCGCCCUGGGCGCUUAUUAAAUUUUUGGUCCUUGAGGAUGGGCGCUAAUUCGAGGUGGGCGCUUAUUCGAGGCUGGGCGCUUAUUAAAUUUUCAACAUUUUCAGCAAGUGUAGUAUGUUUAUUUUGCAAUAAAUGGUAAUAACAAAAUGCGAAGAUGUAACAAAGCAAGGUUCCUGUAAACUACUCUGAAGAAAACUCCGUCUUCGUGGAAGUCUCUUAUUAGUACUUGUUCAAUUUGGGGGUAGGGGGUGGGAGCGGGAAGGGGGGGGGUGAGGGUGGGCGCUGUUUGAGUUUGAGUGGGAAGGGAGGGGGUGGGGUGGGGUGCGGUGGGCGCUUAUUCGAGGCUGGGCGCUUAUUAACUUUUUCCGCCUUUAGGAUGGGCGCUUAUUCGAGGUGGGCGCUAAUUCGAGGUUGGGCGCUUAUUCGAAUAAAUACGGUAGUUUAGGAGAGAAUUGAUUUUGGUCACUAUUAGGGCUUUCAGUUUGCCUUUAAGGCUUUUUUUUCUCAACUUAUCAGUUUCUAAAAAUUUGAUUCUUUUUGUAGGUUCUCUAUGCAAGUGAUGGAGGGAAUAGAUUUUUUGAUCUGUCUGAAAAUGUGUUGAGACAUUCAUGGUGAGAUUUCUCAUUAUGUUUGAAUUCAGGUGGAUUAUAUUUAUUUAUAAACCUGUAUCAUUCAACUGGGAGUUAGGAGUUAAAUACAUUGCUAUUUUUUGCUUCCUUUUUUUAUAAUGAAAGGCUUAUGAUUUUCAAAUUAUUUGACCCAAGGCCUAAUUGAACGUGUUACUUUAGAGAGAAAUUAAAUGUGGGCCUCUUCGGCUGGGUUGUUUGAAUGAUGAUCAGCAUAAAUCCAGGUUUAAUUUCUGUGACAACAAAUGGGCUGCUGUUUGGAGUUCACCCAGGAUUAAAGUUACCUAAGCUUUGAAACAAUGCAGCCCUGACUGUGUAAUGUUGCUGGUCAAAAUUGAAUUCAGGUGAAAGUUUUUUAACCUAGGUUGAUUCUCUAUUUUUUUUGUCUUCUGUCCCUAAUUAUUCAUGAAUUAGGGCUAGGAAACAAAGGAAACUGUGAAUCAACCUAGGUUGAAAAAUUUAAACGGGAAAAAAAAUUUUCACCUUUAACAUAAUGUACCAGCUCUCUCAGAUUAUUGGUGAGUCUCCUGCGUAUGGCGACAAUCUCCAGCUCUCUGGCACAGGUUACCAAAUCUUCCAGAUGAAGCCACCUUGGUGGUUAGUUUGGAAUUUAGCGUGGGGCAUUUUUGCAUGUAUUUCAUCAAAGGCAAAGAUUAUUUUGUUGCUACAAUACAAAAGCAAAUUUUUACUUAACAUGCAAUGUCCCAAGCCAUUCAAGGGAGGGGGGACUGGUGAUUUGGUCAUUGAUAUUUGGCUGAGGGUAACGCAAAAUUAAUGGUAGUGUCUUCAGAUUUUAGAUCUCCAGACUUGGGCAUCCCUGUGACUACACUUUCCCCUGUUCUCUGAACUCUCAUUGAUUUUGUAUACAAAUGGCCAUCACAAAAUGAUUAAAACUUAUUUAUUGUAUAGACACGAGUGUUUUACUGGAAAAUAUACCACUCGUAAAAUUCAUAAAAACAACAUCCAGGACCCGAGUGGUUUAUUCUCCAUAAUCUGACACGUGAGUUUAUCCAUGACGUAAUUUUGGUCAUUUCCCUCUAUUAUUUUGUCGAUGUCUUUUUGUCUAUAUAAUAAAAAGAACGUUACAUGGCGGCUUGAAGAUAUGAAUUUUAUUUUCUCGUGGCAAAAACAAUAUUUUACUCACUCGCUGCGCUCGCUCGUAAAAUAUUUUUUUGCCACUCGAAAGUAAAAUUCAUAUCUUCAUGCCAUUGUGCAAUAUCCUCUAUGUAUUUUGACAACAUUAAUAGUACGACCUUUGAAAACACCUUUCAACAUCUCCUUUAGUAUACAUUUGCGAUGUGUGUAUAAGUUUUCUUGUUGUUGCUGUAGUUUUUUGUAUUUAUAAGUUGUUUUUAGACAAGUAUUAUUGCCACUAAAAUUUUCCAUAUUUUGUUGUUCUUCUUCAUUCUUUUUUUAAUGUUACAUAAUAAUUUCUGUGAAUUUGACAAUUAACAUGUUGCUUUUGUUUUUUUUGUGUGUUUGUUUCUUGUUGUUUUGUUAUAAUAAAUAAAAUAAUUAAUAAUAAAAAUAUAUUUUGGGAAAUGAUUUUAUCUCUAUAAACUUUUCUUUUCCUUUUUCAGGGCACCUGAGAAUAGCUCUGAACUCUUUCUAGAAGUGAGCUCUGGAAAGCCUUGUAAGAGAUUUUUGCAUUUACAGUUAUAAUUUCAGUUCCUUACUUCCACAAUAAUUGGCUAAAGGCAACAUACAGGGUAUUAAUGUGACUUUAGUCACAAAACAUAACAGAUUGAUAUGUGCACAAAAAAAACGUAGGGAAAUAAUAUUAAUUUUUGUUAUUAGAUAAGUACCAAGUUCUCGUGGUUAUUUGAAAGUCUCAUGAAAUAAUAAGAACAUUUCUUUGUAAAAGCUCCACUGGCAUGCUUCUAUUAUUAGUUAAAGAAAGUUAAUUUUUAUUUUCAAAUUUUGCUAACAUUUUGUUUACGUGUAUCUUUUCUGAUUUAAUAAUGAUAACGGAUAUAGGCAAAAAUUUAUCUGAUUUUUUUCUUUUUUAUCUCCUCUUUCAGAUACCUCAUUGCUAAAGCACAUCAAGUUCCCACCUUGUUCGCAGACAGAGGCAAAAAAGUGUGUUAAAAUUUUUGACACAACUCUGGGACCUUUCUCGUCACAUACCUUCGAAGUAGAAGGCAAAUACAUGUUUGUUCAGGUAAGGUAGUCCAAGGCAAAUUGAAUUUUUAAGAGUUGAACCCCUCCACUGUAAAGCUUCUCUUGGUACAGAUGUAGAGAGGGAUCUUCAUAGUUGGGUAUAGGGCUUGAAAGAAUAAUUUGGCAGCUGGCUUUGGUUAAUUUGUUUGGGCAAACCCAGUUAAGCUUAGACAUACACAUCUUUGUUUCUUUAAAAGCCCUCUCAGGUAAAGCAGGGGCAGCUAUACAGAAAAUCAAACUGGGCUAGCUGAUAAAAAAUAAUUCUGGUAAGGGCAUUAUCCUUUUCCCCCAAUGUUACCCCAAAGAAAUUCACACUCAAAAAGAUAGUCUUAAAGUGUUCUGGGAGUGUUAUGAGCAUUAGUUAAGGCUUUUUAGUAGUGCAAAAAUACGCUGAAAUAGAAAAAAUACAAGAAAAAAGGGGUUGCUGUCAGUGGUUAACUUGGCCAACCCCUAGAUCUGCCCAUGUUUGACCAUUGCAUACUACCGCAACCACAACAUUUUAGCUACGAUUAUUGUACUUUGUAUAAUCUACCCAGACUAAAUUAAUAAUUCAUACUACAGUCACACACUAUUAAAUAAUUAUUGUGUUUAAAUUUUGUUUCUGUGCUGUACAUUUAUUGUAAAUUGUGGGUCAAUGUAAUAAAACUUUUACAAGUGUAGCUAUUAUUUUGGGUGCAAAAACAAUAGCUACACUUGUAAAAGUUUUAUUAAAUUGACCCUGUGUGUUCAGAAACUAAAAACCCUUAUGCACCAAUUCAAUUUUACACUCACUGUUCCAUGGUGAAAAGGUAUUUUGUCAUAAUUGGCCCAGUUGUGUUAACAAUAUACCUUCGCUAAAAUGAUCCUAAAAAUGCAUAACAACUCUUUAAAGCCCUGUUUUUGUGAUGGUAGGUGAAUUGUUAUCACCUUAUGAGUAUCAUCUCUGAUCCUGUUAUAGGUCAUGUCAUUGAUCAUUAACAUAAUAAUGUUGUUUUUCUUUUUAUUUUAAGAAAAUUUGUAAGUUUGUGGCACAAUUAACCAAUCACUCAAGUAAAAACCUUGUAUGUAUAGAACACUCUGACAGACAGCAUUCUCAUCAAAAGCUGUUCUGCUAGAUGUUUUUUUUACCCUUCACCAAAAUAAUUUGUUUAAAGUUGAAAGUCAUAUUUAGCUUUGUCAAGCAACCUUUCUUUUGUACAUGAAAUGUUGAGGCAUUUUGACUCACUCUCUCAACUAUUUUGAUGAUGAGUAUGUGUGGUCAAAUGGUGAUGAGUGAAAAAAGGAUUUUAUUUAACAAGUUUUGUCAAAUCCUAAUAAUUUGUCAAGCCUUUAGUUGAGAGAAAAAUGAUGAUAAGAAUUUUGAAAACACACCAAAAUUAAAUAAACCAUUUUGAUUACCUCAUGAUAUCAUGAUGGGGGUGAUAAGUUGCGCUAAUAGUCGUGUCAAGUUCUGACUUGUUCAUUGUAUUGAAAGCUCCUCACAUUUGAAAGUUUGAAGUGUUUGUUCAAAGUUCCCAGUUUUCUGAAAUACAGUUGAACCUCCCAUAAGCGACCACCCUAAAUGCAAAGAGUUAGUGGCCGCUUAUGGGAGGUGGUCACUAAGAAUCGAACCAUGGGGGUUUUCUUCCGACAAGAAGUCUGGACGUGUCUACUUUAAUGAAGAAAAUUUAUUGCAUGCAAUUUCCAAGUUAUGACAUGUGCAGUUGCAUGUUGUUAUUAAAGCUCUUCGUACAUUCGAAGUAGAAUAGUGCACACAGAGACCACAAGAGAGCGGAAAACUUGUCACUUGGUUACUUAUAAGAGGUUAAAAUAGAAAAUCAUUAAACCAUCAGCCCCAAAUAGCCGUUGCGGUCGCUUACAGGAGGUGGUCUUUUACAAGAGGUUCCAACUGUAGGACUUAAACUAGUAAAGUUUUGGUGUUUUGGAUAGGUGGUUGCUUGGGGGGCUGCGGUGGUGGUUGCUUAUGAGGGUUGGCGGCACAUGGAGGUUCAACUGUAUUUAUUUAUGUAUUUAACAAAAUUUGUUAGAUUCCUUAGGUUUUUACAACCUCUUUUAGUGCUCUAACAUCUUCAUUUUCAACAUCUUUACUUUGAGAUUGUAAUUUCCUUCUUGGUACUCAGAGGAAGGUUGCCAUCCACAAUAUUGUAAUUUCAUCAUGUGUUAUAUGUCACCCGGGCUAUUAGAUUAAUGUUAUACAUUUAUAUUCAAAAAUGAUAAAUGCUGUGCAAAUGCUGCCUGUAAAAAGUUUGUGUGAAUGUUGGGCUGAGCCUUUGUCUUAACAUUAGGUAGCCACAGUGGGGGAGGGGGGAUGGGGGGGCAGGGGAUGUUCUCCCUACAAUGGCCUACAUUGAGAAACUCCUUCUGAAAGGGUACCUUUUUUUUCUGCAAAGGGAAGGAAAUUCAUGAUUUGAACAGCUGGUAAAAUCUCUCUCUUAAUUUAUAAAAAGGGCCUUUAAUUAAAAUGGUUUGAAAAGAUGUUCCUUAUAGCUAUGUCAUUUUCAUUUAUUAAACAUUACACAAAAAUAACAAGAGGAUUGCCCGUUUUAGCAAGUUUUUCUUAUUGAGUACAGCCGACUCCCGAUAACUCAAACCUUCAAGGGAAAUCGAAAAAAGGUUCGAGUUAUCGGGAGUUCGAGUUACCGGGAGUUCGAAGGAAUAGCCGAGAGUAAGGUAAAAAACAGUUUUUACUGCACAGUGAACAUUUUAAUCACAUUUAAUUGUAGAAAUGUCAAGUGGAAAUCAAAACAUACUUUUAGAUUAUAAAUCAGAACGUACGCAACAAAACAUAGCCUAAAUAGAGUAUGGGUUUUACUGUUUGAGAAGAAAAGCUGCUUCACGUUAGCCUGUGACAAUCAACGUCAGCUUCCACUAGUAAACUAUACUCCUACAACACGUCAAUAGGAAAUCCAGAAAUAAAAAUUCAAUGUUUCGGUCGCCAGUAGACGACUUUUUUUCCCAAAUUUUUAAGGGCUCAAAACAUGGUUCAAGUUAUCUAGGGUAAAAUUAUAUAGAAAAUGACCUGAAGGGAAACGAAAAUUGGUUCGAGUUAGCGGGAGUUCGAGUUAUCGAGGGUUCGAAUUACCGAGGGUAAAAUUACAGUGAAUUUAUGACGGAAAUCCAGGGGAAAUUGAUUUUGGUUAGAGUUAGCACGAGGUUUGAGUUAGCGAGGGUUCGAGUUAUCGGGAGUCGACUGUAGUUAUAUAUGUUAAAGGGGUGCCAUUUUUCAGUGGAAGGUAUGUGAAAGGGGUGCCUUUUAUGUCCAGAAUGGUAUCUAAAAUGAUAUGAGGUUGGAACUUGGAACAGAUCCUCCCCAUAUUUAAAAUGUAUUGGUCAUGUUUGCUGUUGUUUAAACACUACGCUGACAAAGAAGAUGCUGUUUGGGAAAUCUAGGUGUCCAUACAAAUGCCGAACCCUUGGAUAAAUAUUACUAAUUUAUUAACUGUUUCCAUUGAGCAGCGAAGAGGUCUACACAAGUAAGAGUGAUUUUGCUGCACUGGUCGAUCGUGUAGUCGCCAGUGCAACUCCAUGGUAACAGAUUUACCAUCGGGAGGAUUUUAAUAAUUUACUAUACUGUAUAUAAAUCUUUGUUGAGUAAACCCUCCCCCCUUCUUCGCCAGUGGAAAUAGUGUUCAGAGAAAAAGCCUUUUGCUUUAUUCAUGUCUAGUAAUGUGCCAAAUUAACAUGCUCUACACAUAGCCAUGUACCUGGGACUUUGCUAGAUUUUUAACACGUUAACUCAAUCUCUAUAGAAAGACUUGCCACCCAAAGCAUUAUAUGUGUGGUACAAGAAUUAUAAUUCCAACCAAGGCCAGAACUUUUUCCAGCGAGCACGUUUCCCCUUGACUGAUUAUGAUGAAAAGGUAAGAUUUAAAUAGAAUAACUGACAUCACUAAUUAACCCAUUUGCCCUUGAACCACCCCUUAACACCCGUGCUGAUCCACAUCCCUUGUGCCACUUGUGACAUCAUCAGUUUGAACAGUCAAGGACAACUUUGUCAUCUUACUUGUGCAGGGGGAGAUAUUUCUCCAACCAUACCAGAAUGAGCAUGAGUCAGUCAAGGAGGGGAGAGAAAAAGGCAAAAGCGUUGUAAAGUUGACUGGCAAAAAUUCCUGUAUUAAGAAUCUUAUUCCACUACCUACCUGCGCUUCCUUCCAUAAUAAUAAUAAUAACUUUAUUAAUCUCCUCAAAAAGGCUUUUCAGCUUGAUUUACAAUGUCAAAUAUCUAAAACCUAGUUUUCCAAAAAUACCCUUAAAAAAAUGCUGUUUUAUUUUUACUUUAAAUACAUCUAAACUAGUGAUAGACUGAAACUCGUCUGGGAGACUAUUCCACAGCUUCCAUCUAAUCCUAGUAUCCUAAAAGCUUUCCAGAAAAUUUUUCCCACCUAAAGAGAAGAGAAAGAAGAGGAGAGGAGAGAAAGCGAUAUGCCCAAACUUUAGAGGUUGAGUUUUUCCUCUGGAACAGAAGGCUGUGAACUGCUGGACCUUUAAAUGGCGUCUUGCAUUGGGAAGCUUUGUAGCCAGUGACCAGAACAUGAUGGGAAUAUCUUCGAAAGGCGUUUUUGCCUAAAAAUUGCGAGAAGUGAAUGGGUUAAUAUAACAUUAUUUUAAGGACCCCAGGGCAGAAACCUGUGCCAGGCAAGCACUUAUUUUUAGCGAUUUAGAUCUGACUAUGAACUAUUGUCAGAAUUUUAUCUCUUGAUUCUUGAUUAUUCACCUUUGUCUAUUUUACGUUCACUAAGAUAUAAAAGAACUAAAAAAUUUAAUGUAAACCAGACUAGAUGUAUAACAACCAUAGAAUUUUACUACCACAGGUUGUUGACCCUUCUCAUUACUUUGUUUGAUGAUUUUUCAGGAGUACAAAGUGGUUGAUGCUAGCGAGAAUGAAUUGAUGGUAGUCGUAAAGCACAAAAAAGAUUAUUACAAUCUCUACAUAUCAGAUGUGACAGGUGCCAAGUUCUCUCUCUCGCUAGAAAAUAUCCUAAGCACCACCAAAACAAUUUGGGGAAAGAAGACGCUUUUGGUGGACUUACACAGGGUACUGAUAAUAUUACUGAGCUAUGAUGUUUUCUAAAUCAUUUUCACCCGUAUCAGUUCCAUUGUCGCUUCUGAUGACAGGUAGCAUUGAGUCUUACUUUUUGAGUUCGUCUACCACAUCCCAUAGUGCGAUCAUUCCAGCAGUGCUUUAGCACUUUAUUGAUUCAGCUUUGGUAUGAUCAGAAAAAUAAUGCAGAUCUUGGAGGGUGUACCCCAGCUGAUGACAUUCACCUCGAUCAAUCUGAAGUCACCAAAACAUUAUUGGUCUCAGUAAAUUGCUCUGGAAGUGAAACAUUUACGUUGAAGUUUACCGCUAUUCCUGACUGUCAGCUCCAAAUCUAAAUCGUUACAUUACUGGAGCUGCAAAAUAUAAACUUUUUAGAAUUUCAGCAGUCAAUUAGCAACUGGUUUUACAACUGGGUCUGGUUGUUCAAACUUUGGAUAGUGCUCUCGCUGGAUAACACUAUCGAGUGGAUAAGUAUUAGGGAAACCAAUUGCAUUAUUCAGUGGAUAGAGAUUUAUCCAGUGAAUAGCGCUAUCCACCGGAUAAAUCACUCCCCAGGGGCGCAUCCAGGAUUGUUUUUAGGAGGGGGUGCACUCGUCUCUUGCUCUACUUCAACACCAAUAAACCACAUAGUUUUUUUUUUUGCAGAAUACCAGUUGUAUUAGAAAACCGCAGGUCAUCUCGGGGGGGGGACACCCCUGCACCCUCCCCCUAGAUCCGCCCCUGCUCCCCAGCGAAUAAGUAAUAGGGAAACUAAUAUUGCAUUAUUUAGUGGAUAGAACUUUAUCAAAUGGAUAGCGGUCUCCACCCUUUGAGCACCUGGGGCCUGUUAAGUCUACUUAGCUGUCCCUCCUACUGUGUGGUUAAAGACAUAACUGGCAGUAGCCGAAGAAGUUGGCUGCACUACUGUUUUUUGUCAGCAUGGUCAGAGGGUUUAGCUUGAGACAAAAAGUUGGGACUCUAGGGGUAGUGACCAGUGUGAAAACGGAACAUUAAAAUUUUAGAUUACAAGUUUGGCAUCCAAACCACUUUAACAUGCUACCUCCUUGAGGUGAUGGUUUGAUCACUGACUGGGUAGCUGAAUUGGUUGAGUAUCAGAAUGCUUCAACACCGGACCAUCAACCAAUGUCUAUAAAUAGCUGAAUCGAGGGCAUCCUCGGAGACCCAGGGGCAGUCAGUCGGGCCGGGAGAAAAGUUACGACGAAAGUUUUCAAGCAUGGGUUGAAGAGCCCCUGGGUACCGACUCUCACCAGACCAUUUCCAAAAGGUCAAGCGAAUGCUGGCUCCUGAUAGGGCACAAAAAAUGCUUUGUAUUAUUGUGCCCAAUCGGUGAACAGUUUGUCCUGAGUUCUUUUUGUGAGUUCGUACACGACGGCUAUUAUCUUGCCACAGUUGCCUGGUUCGUUUACCAAGCUUUCCUAACUACUGAUGAGUCGAAGAACGUUUCGGAUGCUACCAGCGGGAGCAAUUCAAUUUGCACUGAGAAAAUUCCGUUUCUGACGGAUCACAAUGUAUCGUAAAUAAUAGGAAGUUUAAGAUGCAGUGGCAACUAGAAAGUAAAAAAAGCAAUGGCUUGAUAAGGCAAAACAACAACUUUGCACGUGCAUCACGCUUUUUGUACAUUUCUUUGCUGUUAGUGCACGACUGCCACAUGAGAAUACCUAAUUUCACGUUUUGUGAAAGAAGUAAACAAGCAAUGACAAAAUUUUCUUUCUCUGUAUGAACUUGGAUAUGGCUGAUAGAAAUUCAGCGCCAGAGGAGAUCGCUUGCAUUUGACAAAGUAAGCGAGUUGGAAUAAUCACGAUAGAGACUGAAAAAAUGUGAAUUCACUUCUCAUGCGAGGUUUCGUGGCUGUCAGCUGUCAUGGCAUCUUAAACUCCUGAAUAUUUAAGAAGGCGUGAUCGAUGCAAGAGUGAAUACUUGUUGUAAGCUCAAGCUUGUAUUUUUGGAAAAGCGUCUUUAAUUUUCGGGUAGACAGUAUUUUGAACUGGAGAGUUUAUAUCAAACUGAAAGUUUCCUGACUGCGUGCAUUUCUUUGGUGCAUGACCCAGACAAGCCGUGAUCGAGUCAAUAGCCGUUGUGUACGAACUCACGAAGAGAACUCAGGAGAAACUGUUCGCUGAUUGGGCACAAUGAUACAAAACAUUUUGUGUGCCCAAUCAGGAGCCAGCAUUCGCUUGACCCAUUGGAAAUGGUCCGGUGAGAGUCGGUACCCAGGGGCUUUUUCGCCUGUGCUUAAAAAGUUUCACCGCGCCUUUUCUCCCUUCCCGACUGACCGCCCCUGGGUCUCCAAGGAUGAAUCGAAGCUGUUGUCUUAGUGUUUUUCACAUCUGCAAAAUACUUUGUAGCCUUACUGGCUAAGAAUGAAGUGCCAUAGGCCCCAGCUUAUAGCACUUCCCUAAUCUGACUGUUGUGGGUCACAAAGGAAAAAAAACGAUAGGAAUAAACUAAUUUCUGGAGGUGACCCAGUGUCUAUCUGUGAGGAGUUGUGGGAAUGGUUAGGGAUGGGUCAUACCCAUCCCCACCGAGUAGUAGGUCUCUGCUUGGUGAAGGAGAUGAAGUAACAGUUAAAAUGCUGCUUCCCCCUGUUUUUUAUUGCAGGUCAAAAGUUUACCAGGAACAUAUAUAGCAAAUGUCGUGGACAAGAUUGGAAGCAAAGUCAGAUCUGUGAUAACCUUUAACAAGGGCGGGGAAUGGCAUCAGUUAAAGGCUCCAGAAUUUGAUCACAGGGGUAGACCAACAAACUGUCAUAUGGUAAGCACAUGAAUUUGAGAAGAACUACCUUUGGAAACCAGUACUGACAUAUACAGUCAUCUCUUGCGGUGCUCUCACAGAAAUCCCUAGCCUGCGAGCAAGCUCUCCUAUUUGGGAGAGCCUCGCGAGAACAUGCCAGCGAGGGGCCCUCUGCCCUUUGCCCUCUGCCCCUCGUGGCUUUGCCACUUGCUUGCGCGUUCUCGCGAGACUAGCUUCGCUCGCCCAAAUAGGAGAGCUUGCUCGCAGGCUCAGAAAUCUCCACCAAUACAGACAGCAGCCAAAUCAUCAAUGAAUAUUUAGGGGUCAAAAUAAACAUUCACAAGCUACAAGUUGUGAGUUGUGAUUGAAAGAAUAUCUUCUGGCAAGCAUUUGCGAGUUAGCAUUUUUCCAGUAAAAACUUGAGAGACAAGAUAGAAUUUACAGCAAAAAGCUAUGUAUAUCUUACAGGUCAAAAUUAAAUUCAGGUAAAAAAAAUUUAAGGAAGGUUGAUUCUCAAUUUGCUUUGUCCCCUAGCCCUAAUUAUUCAUGAAUUAGGGCUAGGGGACAAAGGAAACUGAGAACCAACCUAAGUUAAAAAUUUUGACCGGUAACAUAACCAUUGAGAGAGAAAAUUGGUUUCAUUUAUUUUUUAACAUUAUUUUUGCAAAAUUUAUUGGUAAUUAACAACAUAUGCCAAGCUUUGUGCUAAAAGCUCUUGCAAGCGGCCGCCUUUCAUUUACUCUAGUAGAUGCACAGGUAGCCCAAGCUCAAAAUAUGAGCAUCGGCGAGCAUCGGCAUUGUUGCGUAACAUUCAAAAUAUAAGGAUUUGUAUGGGAAAAAAACCUAUCCUUUCUUAACCUACGAAAAUGAAAGGAUUUCAAUAAAAAACAGCUUACCUUACUUAAAAUGCGUGUUAAGUCUCUCCUGUGUGGUCCACAGGCCGAUUUAUGGCCGUUUUAUGGGUUUUCAUGUAAACGGUUUUCUUGGCGGCACCUUUUAUUCUUUACUGGGGUGGUCGCCUCCAAGAACUAUGACUGUAUUUUCUUUUCAAAAAAAGUUACAAACAACUUUGAAUAUAUCUUUCUUUGCUGUGUUCUUGUCAUCUCAUGCAACAGAGCCUUUCAUUUCCUUGUUAUACCUCAGUCUCUGUACUAAUUGUUACUGUUUUUUCUCUGUCAGCCGAGAUGCUCACUACACAUUCACAUUACACUCAGCCAUUGGCUUUACUACAUCCCAGGGGUCGUGUCUUCAGACUCUGCUGUGGGCAUUAUUGUAGCCCAAGGUUUGACAUUUUUCACAACAUUUUUAACACUAAAUAACAAGUCCCACCAUAAACAGUGAAUGUACGUUUAGAAUCGAAAAAACAAAUUGACUGGUUGUCAACAGACGUAAUUCAACUUAGGAAGUAACCAGGGUUUAGUUUCCUCUGUGACGCAGGCUAGAAAUAAUUACUAGGCCACUUCAUUCCAAAAACUGUCUCUUUCAAAACGAGUCUAAGUGCAAAAACUCUGUUGUAAAGAUAACUUAUACUUGCAUGAGAAUAGGAAAUCAUUUUUGCAUCAGCGGCUUUGCAUUUAGCCUCGUUUUGAAACAGAGGCUUGGGACAACUCGGAAAUGGCCUGUUGAUUUGUUACAUUGCAUAACAGACAGUAGCAGAGCCAAUGUGACAACAGAGCUGCGGUCUAUAAUCGCAGGCAAAUGUGCGGAGAGGGGAAGCUCUCGUAUAAUAAUAAUUAUAAUAAUAAUAAUAAUGAUCGUUUAUUCAACCUUUUUGCAGCAUAAACUGAAUUACAAGGCGGGUCAUUAAUUACAUACAAAUACUUCGGAAUUAUGACACGUAAAUAUAACUGUUAAUGUUAAGACAUAUCACAUUUCGGUAUUUUAAACGUGAUUCUGGUAUUUGAUGGUGCAAAAUUUCCGAAUCUGUUAGUUCUUGAGGAGGCAGGCACAGAAACAGCUUCUCCUGUUAUAAUCAAUCAUAUAAGCUACACCAGUAUGUGCCGCCUCAAAGGUUACGGUUUUUGACCCCAUUUGGUCCCAAAUUGGGUUUAGAUUUCAACCAAUCUGGCUUUGAAUAGUGUUUGGUUUUAUUCUUUCUGGAAUUGGGUGAUUUUGUUUUUGUUUGUUUGUUUAUUGUUGUUGUUGCUUUUUUUUUUCCACAUUCCCCCUCCUACGAAUUUUGCAAGAGUACCCCCUAGAGUAACAGUAAACUGUCAUGUUCUCUCGUCAUACGUUUGUGCAAUGUUGCUGGCUCUGAGUGUUUUGUAGCGGACAGUUCUUAUGCUCCUGCAAAUGAGAAAACAUUGUUGCAAAAACUUGUUUCUCAGCCAACCCAUUGGGGAGAGAUGAGGACGCAUUUUAUUUCGGCUCAAUCCCAAGACAUCAUAAUUCCCUGGCUGUUUUAGAAUUGUCAACAACAGACGUGAAAUUUUGAUGGUAAAAAGUUAAAAACAUUUGGCUCGCAAUCGGAAAAUCAUCUUUUUCGGAACACAAGGAAACAUAAUGUUUUCAUAUACGGUCAGCAACAUUUUUUAGUAGGUAGGAACAAGCUGAUUUCUGAUUGGUUGACGUCCCAAACACCAUUUUCAAUCUUGGAUUGCAGAUGUAUUUCUCUCGGUCGGUAAAGAAAAGCUGACCGAGGCAAGACUCGAUGAUCAGUCGCUCUUUAAAAAGUGGGCUGCGCUCCUCCCCUGAAAGAGGGGAACAACAACAGCAGACCAGACCCAAGAGAACGGAGGAAAUCUAGCCUAAAGGGUCCUUCGAAUAAUUACCCCUUAGAUUCACGACCUGCCCCCCAAUCCUCCUUCACCAUCUUUGACAAGUUUUUUUCGAAUUUAUUUUUAGGCAACUUAGGUAAUGGACUAGGACAGCACUGGCCAAUUGGAGUAUUUAUGUCCAACGAUGGAGGACUAACCUGGACAAAGGUAAUAAAUCUUUACAUUAUGACGACUGCCUGGUUGGUAAAACAAACAGCGUUGUUCGGGCGAGACAAGUAGGCAACCAUUUCGUGAGCAAUACGUCUUCGUGUCUGUUCUGUUGACGGUGUUUUGUUUCAUUUUGUUGUUUUAGGAGUUCAGUAGUUUUUACGAUUUUGUGAUCGGAGACCAUGGUGGUAUUAUUGCAGCUGUUGGUAUGUGGCGUAAUCAACAGGAAGUUUGGUAAGCCAUUUAAUCCUUUCACUCCCAAAACUGGACAAAAAGUAGACUUACCUUAACAAAAUUGCCAAAUUUCAUUUUGUAAAAUGCCGAAAAGCAAAUAGUACCAUGUGAAAGUACUGCUAAAGAGGUCUCAUUUGAAUGGAAACACCAUAGGAUUUCAUCCACAGACUCAAAAGUUAGAACUACAUACUAAAUAAAUAGUACCAUGUGAAAGUACUGCUGAAGAGGUUUCAUUUGAAUGGUAACACCAUAGGAUUUCAUCCACAGACUCAAAAGUUAGAACUAAACACUAAAAUAAAUAGUACCAUGUGAAAGUACUACCAAGGAGGUUUCAUUUGAAUGGUAACACCAGUGGAUGUCAUCCACAGUCUCAAAAGUUAGAACCGUAUCCGAAGACUCCGCCACUCACUUUGAGAGUAAAAAGAGUUAAAUCAGCAUAGGAUUCUGGGAAACUCCCCACCGACCCCUCCCCUAAAGCUCAUGUCAUUGGGAGAAGGGAGGAAUACUUGAUAGGCCCCACCCCGCUUUGGCCGAGUUAGAAGUAAGCGCCCUGCACUCAUUCGAGGAAGUACCAAAACCAGAUUUCUUGUGAAAAGUAAGGGCUUAAAAGUUGGCAUGUUUGCAAAUAUACGCUAGAAAUAUGUAGUGGGAAGAAGAGGUGAUUGUGGCUACUACUAAAAGAGAAUACCGUAAAAUUCCGAAAAUAAGCCCCUCCAGACCUCCAGAUGUAAGCCCCCUUUCUGCAAAUUACUGGCAUAAAUUUUCUUCCAACUAUAAGCUAGCCCAAUUGAUUUUGAGAUGCAAAUUUCCCUCCCAGUAUAUGCCUAGCCGAUUUUGAAACGCAAUUUCCCCUCCGUAUAUAAGCCGCUCAAAAAAGGUCUUUGAAAAAUAUAAACCCUGGGGCCUAUUUUCGGAAUUUUACGGUAUUUUUUUCUGACUUAAAAUGCCUGCAUGCUGUAGCUCCUGUCUCCUUACAGACUCUUUUAGAGUUUCAUAAAUCUACUAGAACCCCGCACUCUUCAAAUUUGAGUUAAAGGCUAAAACCUCCGUCUCAUCCUUUGAAAUUGUAUUGACACAAUAACUUUUAUCGCACAUGCGCCAGCAUUCAGAAUGAACUGCCUUUACACGUGCGCUGAUCAGACAACAUGUCUUUAUUUAAAUCCAGACUAAAGACUUAUCUCUUCGAAACAAUUUAUGAUCUUCAAGGUUUUUAGCUUUAUAGUCUGUCAUAGUAAGUUAAGGUAAGUUAGAUUGGCAACUGUAAAGGCCUUAGGACACAAUGUAUAAGCGCUAUUUUUACGUCAUGAUACAACUUCAAAUUGUCAAAAUGCAUUGUUAUAUUCUUAGGUACAGUUGCACGGAAGGCAAAUCGUGGAAGAAUAUAUCAUUAGAUAAUCAAGUCGUAGUAUAUGGAAUGGUGACUGAACCAGGAGAAACAACAUUAAUAGUCAAGUAAGAAACACAGUAAAGGCAGGGUAUCGUAUAGUACUAUGAAAAGUAAAUGAUGUCGUAACAUCGCCAUCACCCUUCCCCCCUAAAACACAGACCUACACUUAGAGCAUACGGUUAUUGCACUAACAACAACAACAGACAACAAACAAAAUGCAAAUUUUAUUGAAAAUUGAAAAUAUAACUAAUUGCAUUACUUUCCCACCCACAGCUGAAGACAUAUUACAAGUAAAAGGUUUAUAUAUAGAUGGACUAAAUAACAGUGGAGACACUACUAUACAGUAAAUAGAAUAAACUAACAUAAACCAAGGCAAGUACGUACACAACGACUACGAACAGAGGCUAAGCUAAAGUAUUAAAGAACUUAAUAAGACGGGAGACUUCGACAUAAUCAUCUUUUGACCGCACUUUUGGUUUGCAGGGUACUCACAGUUUUCUCACCUUCCAAUCCUUAAAGUGUUCUUGUUUUCUCUUCUUUGUCCUUUUCUUAAUUACUGCAACGUUUGUGACCAUUUGCCUAAAUUUAAAAUUUUAGGAAUAGAAGUUUCAUUAUUUUGACGUCAUUUAAUUUGCACACACUGCAUGUUUGAUUUGUUUUUGUUUUUGCUUUUUUUUUCUUUCAUAGUUUGUUUGGCCAGUAUUCUAAGCAAGAUUUCCAGUGGCUUUCAGUGAAACUGAACUUCACCUCCGUGUUAACCCAGAAAUGUCAGGCGGGCAACUAUACCUACUGGUCUCCUAACGAUGAGGUACCAGAUCAAAAUACAUAUUAAUUCUUUUUUCCUAUUUAUUUCACAUGGUGUUAUUGGGAGAUUUUCUAAUUAUCUAUCAAGAGGUAAACCAGUUGCCUAUUUACAAGCGUGGGUUGAAUUCAAUAAAGAAAUCACACCCACCGAAGGAGGCACCGCGCAUGCCCGAGCGGCCAGACCCGCUGGACUUUCUAGCCCUCAUUUCAAGUUCCAAGCCUUGGACACCGCCUGGAUUCCUAAGUAACUACAUUAUCCGUACGUUUAUCCUUGCAAAAUUCGGUUAUAAGUUCUGGGAUGGAACCUGCGCGCUUCCAAUAACAAAGAACUAAUUGAAGUUUACAUUAUUUAGGGUAAAUCAACAAUGCUAGAGGAUAAAAAAAUCCCCGUCAUCGUUUGCUUGAAUAAAUGCCGAAAACUACUUUUUAAAUUUUUGUUCAGAUUAUUCCAAACAGAAGGACCAGAGAAGUGUAUAUCAGUAUAUACUGAUCUCUCUAUUGUCUUAAAUGCUUUUUAUAUAUUUAUUAUAUAUAUAUUCUUGUCUUCGGAUUACGAACUCGACUCGCUGGCAAUCUGGUCACACUGCCUUUCGAUCAAUCAACUAACUAUCUUCAUUGGAUUUAAAACUGCUAGCAUUGCUUUCUAAUAGACAAUUUUUCUCGCAGCGCGCAGAUGGCCGUUGUCUGUUGGGACAACACCUGACAUAUGAACGUCGCAAGUCAGGAGACUGCUGUUUCAACGGAAAGGAGUAUGAGAGAGCAAUCAACAUUUCUUCUUGCCUCUGUGAAGCAGAUGAUUUUGAGUGGUAAGGUCACUUGCUUUAGAGUAACUUCUUCCCUUUUCAAAUACUAUCAGUGGCAUAAAUACCGUACGUGGAGAUAAUUUUUCUUAGACCUUUACUCCUUUGCUUCCGUAUAAAUGGCAAAGUGACCUCGAAAUUUAAAGCUCUGCUACAGGCAUUGUUUACCCUGCCUUCUGUAUUAAUCCCCCUGGCAGAUCAGUCGUUGUUGUUGGACACACUGGAGUACUUUCCUCACUGUGCUAUGAAAAGCGGUCUCGCAUAUUGCCGUCUGCCUGCUCAGUUAUAGAUCAAUAAAACCAUGGAAUGUUCUGAGAGUUCUACAAUUAAGAGAUCAAGGCUACCCUAAUUGUAUAAUAAUGUUUUUUUUUCUGUUCUCAGCGACUUUGGUUAUGAGCAUCCUGACAUUGAUGAAGUUUGUGUCGCUACCCGUUCCGCCAACCCCAUACCAAAUCCAUGUCCCGAGGGAAAAACCUAUCUUCAUAGCAGAGGGUGAGGACUAUUAGACUGCGAGCAAUCUGCUUUUUCUUCAAUCAAUCAAUCAAUCAAUAAUAUAUUUACCCACGUUAGCUCCUAAGAGCACAAGUGCUCGUUCAAAAUAAGCACGUGCAUUAAAACUACAGUUAUAAUAAAAAUCUAGCGUUAAAAAAAGAUAAUAAGACGAGACAAGACAAGACAUUUAUUAUCAUAAUAUUACAAGUACAAUUUUUUUUUCAAUUUUUUGCUAGUCAAGGCGUGCCAAAUUAAUUCUAUUACAAAUCAGAUAUUAUAUUAUAAUAAGUAACAAGCGAAGAAAAAGAAAAGAAGAAAUAUGAGUAAUAAAUUCAAAAGCAAGAAAGACAAAUCUGUUUAAUGCAACCUGUGAAAGAGGCUAAGGUUUAGGAUUUCGCGAUUUUAUUUCUCGUGUUAUCAUGGUUGCAUCAAGGUAAUCUUCUUUGUCUUUUAAUAAUAAUAAAAAAUAUAUAUAUAUAUAUAUAUACAUACAAUCUAUAAUCUAUGUACAUAUGAAUAUAAAAAUUCCAAAAAAAAAAAAUAAAAAUUACAGCUGAGUCGAGCUUAGCUUAGACUUAAAAAUAUUAACAUUAUCAGCCAGCUUGACAUAGAUUUAGUUAGGGGAGUGCGCGCGCGCGACGGCGAAUUCAGUCCAAUGUAACUCCACGCCUUCCACUUCACGCAUCUCUACCAAUCCCUAAAAUAUACAACGCUACUGCACUACUCUCACAUCACUAUUAAAUUCACAUAGAAAAACUUCACACACGCCUAGUACUAGUACAUUGACGCCCCAAUAUACGUUCCCACAGCGUGUUGUUAUUGUUGUUGUUACUUUUUUAAAAACAGUUACAGAAAAGUAGCCGGAGACCGUUGUGUGGGGGGAGUGGAAAACACAUUCAAGCCGGAGUCCAGGCUUUGUCCAAUAUCAGGUAAGCUUUGUUAGGAUCUGGUGAAGUGUGUUCUCCGCGAGAGGAGGAUUAAGUCAGAACGUACCCGCGCGGCUCGGUGGGCUUAACCCACAUGAAGCUCCUGGAAGUUUUACUACUGCCUCCCCCCUCCCCCCCUUGGUGGGACGUUAGUCGUUCGCAGGGUCAUCCGUAACACUAUGUCGCUGGUAGCUCCUCGGGGAACUCCCAUAUGAAAGGGGGGAUGCCUGUUGGAAACUUUGAAUUAAACCCCUAAAGGAGACCAAUCUGGGCGUGGCCCAACCUAUUUUUGACCCCUAAAAGAGGCCAUUUAGAACUUUGAUUACCUGAAUCGAGUAAAUAAAACGAAUUGAAAAUAUAUAAAUUUUGUAUUUCUUCGCAUGACCAUUACGGCUAAUUUGUAUAAUGGCGUUUUGCCGAGAACACCCUAAGUGAGACCAAAAUCCGAAAUUUUCACGCCUAAACUAGACGACGAGCAUUCCCGCCCCUUUCAUGUGGGAGUUCCUCCCGGGGGUAUUCCACACUCCAGAAACUACAAGGAGAAUGGGUGAAAGCUGUCCGCACAACGAUGUCUGGGAUCGUGUGGGUGGAAAAAGCAUUCCUUAUGAUUUUUUGAUGGCCGCCUUGAAUACCAUCGACAAAUCAUAACUAACACUUUUCCACUCAGGAGAUCCCAAAAAUCACUUCAUCCAAAGCUUGUACCCAUUCUCCUUAGAUUUUGUGAAGUGGGAAACAGUAUCAACGUCAUCGUGGGGCGGCUGCAAAGUCGACCACACCUUUACUCCGCUCGUUUCGGUGCGCUGUGAAAACUGAGCAAUUUGUCUGCCCUUAACAAUCUAGGGUUAUCUUCGUGUUCCGGCAGCAGUCGUUUGAUGUAUGUGAGAAAGACAGAGGCUCGGCCAGGUCUCCUCUUACCGCGAAUUCACUAUUGGAACACAUUGUGCCGGCGUAGCCCCUGACAUGAUAAUCGUUCAGUGUGCUCUCUUUAAAUUACUGCCUCUGUUGUCCAUGCCUGGUUUCCAUAAAAUCGUCCGCUCUUAGCGGUUGCCCCGAUUAUGCGGCACGAUAAUUACGCGAAUAUAGUUUAAUAGUGGCGUUUUUGCUGUCGUCGUCGCUCCCUUUUAGUUCUAUCCAGGCUGGACUGCGUUUGCCUCACUAGUAAGGUAACGGCCCUUACUGCUUUAAACAUUAUCGUCUCGAUCAUGGGCACCUUUUGAGACGGUUCGGAUGAUAGAGUUGGUCCAAACGAUAGUAUUAUGCAGACAACCAGGCUUAAGAGGUGUUGGAAAAGUAACUAGAUACGGUUAUUCAGUGUUAAUCAGCAUGUUAUGUCUCAACGGUUUCUUUCUGUUGAUGAUUUUCUCUUAGCACCUGGAGAUAUGAGUAUUGUCUUUAAAGCAAAGUCGGACGCUGUGGAAGUGAACAAGCAAGUGUUUUUCAACCUUAGCCAGAAGCAGGUAAUUGAGUUCACUUUAUUGUAUUGUGUACCGCUGAACAGGUUUCAUCUGAAUGGUGACACCAUCAGAUUUCAUCCACUCACUCAAAAGUUAAAAGAGCAUAUCGGAUAAAAAGUAUAUUGUGAAAGUACUACAGAAUAAAAUGUGUUACAUCAUGAGAUUUCAUCUAUCGACUGAGAAGUUAGAAGAACAUACGUUACCACAGACUCCUACGUAGCAGUUCUUUGUGUCAUCACGCUUCUCCACCCGAAGACACAAAGAAUGACUGUGCAGGGAACCAACGGCCUCGAGUUUAUGCCGUAGUAUUACAUUCUACAUACUUAUUGCGAAUGUAAUUUUACACAUGAUAAGCGCGCACAUCAAAACAUGGCGGCUUUUGCCUUAAGGCUGGAGCUCCCUCAAAGAAGUAAAUCUUCAUUUUCUCUUAAGUGAAUGCGGUGACCUAUCAUUUUUUUCUCUUUUUAAAACAAAAAUGAACAGUAACUUCCUUUCUCAAAGGUAGAUAUAAACUAAUUCCCAGUGCAAAAAAGAAAAAAAAUUUUCAAAGCACGUAUUCGUAAAUAUAAUCAUUUAUAUUGGUAUUUUAUCAUUUAUAUUGCGUAUUUAGAAAUUGCUGCUGCUCCUAACCGAGUAUAGGGCCCCGCCAAUUUUAUUUCAAAAUUUAAGUGUAUAAAACAGAAACAACCAAUCGUUUAAGUUUGACAAACAGCUCACCGCAGGACCUAUUUCCGAGGAAUGAUCUUGAACUCACACACGAUAGUGAUGUUAUGAUCUUUUCUUACAGGGUUCAAAAGAAUCUACGCAGUAUACGUGGAACUUUGGAGAUAAAGGGCCUUACAGUGAACUUAAUCUCACAGGAAUAAACCUGGCUAAGAGAGUGUCGUACACUUUCAAAAAGCAUGGUCACUUUGUUGUGACUUUGAGGGCAACUAACUCUGCUGGUCACUUUGAGGUCUCAACUGAAGUCACUGUACUAGGUAGGCUCUUGUCACCGGAGGCGUGCGUUUCUCAAAGCCCUCAAAAUAUUUCGGCCCCGAAAAACUAAUUUAAGUGAAUCAAGUCCAGAAAUGUGAUUCUGAAUGAAUUUCAAAUGGAAACUUUUUAAAAGUUUAGAAGAUCGAGAAGUAUGCUGGUCUAAUAUGCCCCAAAACUCCCAAAGAUCGUCAAGAACGGAUGAGAAAAAACAGUCUCUGGGAGUUUUGACAAAUGCACGCGGGGACGAAAUUGUUCCGAGCCCGGUUAGCGCUCAUCCUAAAUAAACUGUAAACAGGACAUACGCGGAGUUUUCGUAGUAGAAACCCUGAUUUACGCUUACCGACACGGUCUUCUUCACGUUCAAAAUGACAGGUCGUAGAAUCCCUGGACAAAUCAUGCCAAAAGUCAUCUCGCCCGAACCCGAAGUCGUCUCGCCCUCUUGAACCCAAAGUUCAUUCUAAAGUCUAAAGCCUUAAGCAGCGAACCCGUCAACCGAAGUCGUCUUUUCCUCUUGAUUGCCUUGAUGAUAUAAAAUUUGUAUUCCUUUAUAGAGGCGAUUUGAUUCUAAAACCACCGUCUAAAAAGAGAUAUUGACGUGUAUUCGUUUUUCCUCAAUGUUGACAUCAACAAAAUUUGCAAACAGACAGAGUUUUAAAACAAAUGUAGAGAAGAUCAUCACAGUUAAAUACGCAAGUUAGGCAGUUGCGAAAAGAAAGUCGGAGUUUUGUGAAGACCAAAUGGCACUACACGAAAAGGCUGCCGGAGUAAUUUCAUUUGAAUUCCCCCACGAAACAUUCUUUUACUUAUCCCAUCAUAUUCACUGUUCAGAUCCCAUUACAUCGUUGGAGAUCGAUCCCCCUCACGCUGUCGUCAUUGGCAAAGAAGUUUGGUUCAACGUAACCCUUUCCUCUGCUAAUGAGGCUCCUCGUUAUGGCUACGUUUAUUUCAUGUGGGCGUUUGAAAAAAAGAUACUUCCACUUCUGACUUGGAAAAGCGAAGUGUCGCAUACCUUCAUGAACACUGGGAAGUAUGAGAUAACAGUUACAGCGCAUAGUUUUAUUGGGACUAAGGAUGGAAAAGCCACGGUUACCGUGUAUGGUUAGUAUAGAUCUGUCAAAUGGUCUAAUUUAUAUUUACCAAGACUUAAAGGGAAAGCGCUGAAUUCUAAGACCCCGUCCAGCUUGAUGCAAUUUUGUUGGAAAACGCAUGAACUUUUACAGAAGAGCUUUUCGAGAGCCGGGUUUACGGAAUUGAACGUUUGGAGAAAUAAAAACGGAGUCCAGCGUUUUAGGGUGAAUGAAGAAGACACAAGGAUUUCAAAAAAAUGCUUACGUCACAGCUUCUCAUAAGUGAUGGGACAAUAAGGCAGGAAAUUAUCAGCAAUAUGUCCGAGAAUAGCGUGGGAAGGAAUGGGCAUGUCCAGAAAUGCGUUUCCAGUGGCUAUGGGCCUGUUUAGUUAACCCACCUGUCCAUGUAAGCUCUGAUUUUGAUUUGACCACAUUUACGUCAGAGGUGGGGUGACCCGCCACAUGUCACCUCACCUAUUUCUGGUACUCUAACUCUAUGUAAACAGGCCCUUAGUGUGAACAGGUGAAAAAGGAUGCGAAAGUACUAGUAGUGACUAGUGACGCGGAGAUUUUGAUGCGUUCAUGUAUAUUUUACAAAUGUGCGCAUGCUGGCAAUUUCAUUGAAUCUUGAGGUUAAUAGUUAUUGUUUUAGUGCGCAUGCUGGCUAUUUUAUUGAAACCUGGGGUCAAUAGUCAGUAGUAGUCCCAUUAUUUGGGUUAUACGUUUGUUACCACAUUCGAACCUGUGUAUAACGGCCACCCUCCGUACUUGAGGAACUGGCUGCUUAAUACAAGAUUACUAAAAUUACUCACUGGGCGUGGUCUAAUGUCAAUUUUAAUGGCGUAUCAUAUAAAAACAAUUCAUGCAAGGAAACAAUAGUACAGUCAACACUCUUUCAAGCGAUUAAUACUUUAAAAAAAGUUCAGUACCAGCUUGUAACUUAACGGUAUAACAUACGUAACAUUAACUAAAAGUAUUGUGCAAUAAAUCUGAUGACAACGUUACUAAACGGCCGGGUAUCAGCUCACAGUAGCUUUGUACAUGUUUAAAAUUUCUUUAUAGUGAUGAUGGAUCGCAUUUUGAACACAAUAAAAUACCGCUUAAAAUGACAUUUGGCUAAGUUUCCGUUCAUGGGUUGCCGCUUAAUACAGGUAAAAAUAACGGAGAAAGACAAAUAUAGGACUAAUACAGGGUGGCCGCGGCCGCUUAAUAGAGGUGGCUUCCUAACACAGGUAACAAAUACAGAGUUUGUAUGGGCGAAAAGUCGGGACUUUGAAAACUUAAUAGAGGAUGGCCGCUUAAUACAGGGCCGUUAUAUGCAGGUUCGACUGUAUACUUUAUCUAUACAUAUUUAGUCUCGCUUGCGUAAGCAGCGUAUUUAGGACACAAAAGGGGGUCAUUGUGCUAGGCGUUCCUUGCGGAGACCGUGGGAACAGGGUGUAAGAAUCGUUGCGUGAUCGAAGCCACGCAUGUUUUGGGAAGAUAGCUUUUAGAGCUUUUUCGAAACGUGUCGGUCCACGAAUUCUAUCGCUUGAAAGCGUUGAUUAUUUUGGAACAAGUGAACACUACUGUGUGGUCAAAAAAAAAUAAGAAUCUUAAUUAGCAAAACUGCGAUGGUCGGGUGUUGUAUGCAAAUGGCUCUUGCGAUGAGCAUGCAAUUUAUUUUCGGCGAUGAUAUUGAACUGACGUGCCAUGUAAAUCACUUUUUUGAUCUCUGGCAAUGAUUUAAUUUCUGUGGAAUCGAGGCCCUUGAAUUUUCGUGUAUUUAUACACGCGUAUAGCCUGCGGCAGAUAUAUUUCCGGUCGUCGCUAACACGCGUACUUAGUCAAUUCGGAAACGAAUAAAAAGUGUCGACGUCGAUAAAGUAGGAAGUAAAAACCUUUAGCGAGUAAAUCCUGUUUCGUGUAGAAUUAAUCGCCUCCUCAUUUCUCGAUCUAAUCUCUAAGCAAGCGAGACUGGCCGCCAAUGCAAGAGCGUUCUUGUUAUAUUAUUUAUCCACCUUUUAUCAAUGUCAUGUUAUUACGUAGUAUACACUCGAGCCUGGCCAUGUAAACUUAUACUUUUAUAUUCUGAGAAAGGCCAAUAUCUAUAAGCCUUAUGGUUUCUUUUUGGGCUUCCUCACCUCUUUGCUUCUGUCUAUUUUUUGUAUUCUUGUCUUUUGUUUAUUCUGUGAUGGAAUAAAUAAACUAAACUAAACUAAACUAAUUUGAGAAAACGUUUUGCAAAUGUAAUUUAAAAGUGUAGCUAUUGCUUUCAGACUGUGCAACAAUGGCUAUACUUGUAAAUUACACUUGUAAAAGUUUACCUCUAUAUUAAACGAAAGACCUGUUCUAAGCGAUCACUUUCUGACGCCCCAUCGAUUAAUCCCCUGGCGUAGCGUCUUUUGCUAUUGUUCUUACAUUUCGUUUCUCUGCGUCAUAUUCCAGACAAACUUACCACUGUGCGCCUGUCAUUUGAUACUUUAUUGGAGAGUGUAAAAGAACAAACGAAAGAUUGGAGGAAAUGGUUCAAACUGCAACUGGAAGGGCUUCUUUAUCGGGUAAUAAAUCGUUUUUUAAUUCCAUCUUAACAGUGGUUGCUAAGUGAAUGCUAGAUGUUCUCGGCCGGGCGGUUUGUGUAGUUAGAGGGGUUCUUCACUGAAUGUUCUGAAACUAAACUGGUAGAGGAGAAUUCGUUACGUCACGGUGCCAUUGUAGGAAAUUUCAAGAUGACAACAAACCGAAACGUCACUUAAUAUUCGUACUGUUUCAAACUCCAUCGAUCUUAUUCAACUUCUUGUAAUUUGUCAAAUGUUGGCAAAAUUUUCUGGGGUUGGAUCCGAAAGGAACGUACCUAAGUUGAGAAAAAGAAAAAAAAAGUACUGUAGUGUGUUCACGUACUCCAUAAAGGGGGCGUGUGAAAUAGGGACCUUAAAGAAAUACGACAACAACAACGUCAGACAGCAAUUGGUUUCGUGAGCAAAACAACAGCUUUGCACGUGCAUCAUGCUUUUUCUACAUUUCUUUGACGUGCAGUGCACGACUACGACGUGAAACCUGCCAAUGCGACGUUAUAUGGAGGACGUGGACAUACGACGACAAAUUUUCCUUUCUCUAUUUGAACAUGAAUAAAGCCUUUAAGAAUUCGACUCCAGGAAAAGUCGCCUACAUCUGACGAAUAGAGCGGUUCCAAAUAGACGCGAUAAAGUUUGAAAGGACGCAAAUUCAUUUUUUUAGUGACGUUUUCACUGUCGUCGUCGUCCUUUUUGCUCCGACGACGACGGCUAAGAAGGAUACAAAAGUCCAUUCGCGUUGCCGUCACCGUUGUCCUUGCUUAAGCUCCCCAUAGAAGAGUUCACGGUCAUAGCUGCAUCAUGGGUAAUCAGGCCAAGAUAUCGGGAAAUUAGAAGAAUUGUCUUAGAAUUCAAAGCCCGCUAUAUUUUCCUGAAUUCAUAUAUUUGAUGCUUUCUCUUUAAAAAGAGUAACUUACGAGUUCAAAGAAACAAUACACUAAAUCUGGAGUGCAAGCAGAUCCGUGAUCAGUUUUUACAAAACUUUGAUUUUCCCAUACAUUUUCUGUAAUUUGACAGUAUCAAAGUUACAGAAAAUGUAUGGAAAAAUUGAGGUUUUCUAAAAACUGAUCACGGACGCUUUUGCACUCCAGAUUUAGUGUAUUGUUUCUUUAAACUCGUAAGUUACUCUUUUCAAAGAGAAAGCAUCAAUUACAUGAAUUCAGGAAGAAUUGGCUCACUUUGUCCUCGAAUUUAACCUAACGAAGGGAUCAAAGCUCGGAGGAAGUCGAAACGAAGGACAACGCAAGUUUCGGCUGGUGGUGGUUUUGUUUCUGAUUGAUUACGGACAAAAUGGUGCAAGAGUUUUGAGCCAAUCACAAAGCUCAUAAGUACAAACACAAACUCGAUGUCGUUCUUACAUUAAUUACAUCCGUACAAUUUUCAUUUUGUGUAUGUCAAUCGCAUUAACACCUUCUAGUUUACAUAUUUUCCAAUUUCAUUCCAAAAAACAAUCAUUUCAGUAAUUUGCUUAGCAUUUGUUGUUGUUGCUGCUGUUUAGCUGUGGGACGUUAAAGCAUCUCGUCUUGAAGUUUGGGUGUCAACGGGUAUUUCAACUUAUGCAGAUGUGUCUAUAACUCCAGCCACCGACGAUGACCCCAAAACGAGAGAAGAGGUAUGGUCUUGUUUUACGCCAAAAAGACAGUGAAUAGAACGCUUUUCAAGUGAAUAUUUUAAGAAUCAAGACAAUUAAAUGUACUAUUAGCAAUGACGGUUUUUGUUCUUAAUCUUUGGAACAGCUCGUGGAUUUGUUGCGGCAGAAAGUCUCUGAAGGAGCGGUUGAGAUCCUCAUUCCCAAAGAUGUUACUAUCAGAGUCACUCGUGUUGACGUGCUCCCUGAUCAAGGUAACCUACUAGAGCUAAUCCUCUGUCUACGUUUUCAUAUAGGAAGUCUAAUUAUAUUUAUGUGUAGGAGCUUUUAAAACCUUUAAGUGUUAAUUGUGCGAGAAUAAAGAGGGAUGUGUCCUUGCAAUAAUUCUAGUACUUUUCAUAAACAUUGCAAGAACAUGUAAUUUUUCUCGUCUUUUCUUUUUUUUUCACGAAUCAGAAAGUGUCUGUCAGUUGUUAGUCUUCCGAAAGUUUCUGAAAGCAUUUGUUAACAUUCAGAAGAUUUCGAGUUGCCAUCAGAAGUUUUUUAUUGUUUUUUCGGUCAACUCUCGGAGCUCUUAUGAAAUGUUCGGGACAACUUCGUGUCGUUGAAUGAUGGCUCCAAAUCGUCGUUGCGAAUCGUCCCGUGUAAUACCACCUUUAGCUGAACUUAAUUUGAAAUGUUCAAGGACAAACCACUUCGUGUUUGUGGAAUUCUCAAAAUCGACUCAUUUUAAAUUUUCGUUAGCACUGUUAAUCGUCCCGAUCGUAAAAUGUCAAACUUAGCUGAAUUCUUAAAACUCGCAGCUUUACUUUUCCCGCCAAAAUGACGCUGGUUCACGCGAGUAAUAAAAUGAGUUUAAAAUGCUUGGACGGCGGGACAAAAAUGCGUGACAAACGUGACAUGGCUUUUCCAGCGUGCUUUAUCGUGAUCGUCACUUGACAUCAAUACUUUCUGGUCUUUUACGAAAAGAUCUACCGGUAUUUAAAGGAAGGUGAAGUUUGGCGGAAAGUUUUUUCAAAGCCAAUUUUUCGUCACGCUUGUCACGCAAGGUUUGCCGUCUUCUUUCCUUUCCCUUCCUGUUUCGUUAGUUAACUAAUGACUGUUUCCAAAUACUGAUGUUGUAUUUUUAGAGUUAAGUGGUGAUCCUUUCCCUACGGAUCAACAUGGAUCAGAUGGAACCCGCCUGGCGAUCGGCAUUGGUGUCGGUGCUACUAUGCUUGUUAUUUUUCUUGUUGUGACCCUUGCCUAUUUUUUGAGGUUUGUAGAGUGGGUCUUAUUGAAAAAUAUCAGUUUCAUUUAAUAGACGGUUCAGCUUGGCCAAUUUUAGACGUCGGACUUUUCAUGAGCCGAACCUAAUGCACUGAAUUACAGUUUAACCUCUCCACCACGGCCACCUUGGGAACAGACGAAACUGGUAAACAAGAGUCAAUGUAUGGACAGUCCGCCAAAAAAGUAGUCUGCUACAGAGCCGUUUCUAGUGUCGUCACACAACGCUCCUCCCCACAAAGUUAGUGGGGAGGAGCAUUGCGUGACGACUCUAAAAACGGCUGUGUAGCAGACUACCAAAAAAGCGACCGUUGUAGAGAGGUGCCCGUUAGUGGAGGUUCGACUAGUGUAAGCACAUUAAAAGUUCGUUGUCUAAACCAAUUAAGAACACCUACUUCAAUUUGGAAUGGCAUGUCCUUUCUCUCCGUCUAGCUCGGUCAGGAAUUUCGUCUUUGGAACAACUUUAAUGUGGACCAUGAGGUUUUCAUUUGACGAACCUAAUGCCGAAUCUAAAUUAUAUUAACGCAUUUUGGACUUUGACGACCGUUGAUAACGUUUUGGCUUUGGAAGUUUAAUUCACUGAACAUGUGAAGUUCCAGGUUUGAACUAGGCUAUAGUCCUUAAAAGACGACAUGAUUUGCGUUGCGAGUGAAAACUGCUGACAAAAAUGAUUGGUGUCUCCCAAAAACUAUCUUAACUCUAUUUGGAACGUUUGUAAAACGGCUACUUAAGUUGGACAGACGUAGUUUUUGAAGUUUGGUCGGUCCAAAUUCGAAUUAAAAUCGACUUAUAAAAGGUUCGACGUCUGAAACAGGCCUUAGAUACUGUGCAGCAGCUAACUUAGAGAGUAGUAUAGUAAGAACAGAAUUAAACCCUUAUUGUCUUUAAUUCUUGAAUAGACUGUGGUGCGGUCUCAUUAGUAUGGCCAUUUUACAAUUGUGUGGUCAGUGCACUGGCCUUGAAUAGACGCAAGACAGGAGCUGACUUACUACCAGUUGAUUAUGAUUACAGGCUUGUCAAUAUGAGAAUAACGCCAUUAGUGCGUAAAAAAAAGGAAGGCUUGUAACGAAACAAGGUCAUCUCUACCCUCACUUCCAUUCAAAGGCAAGGAGCGGUGCUCUGAUCACACAACUUUAGAAUGGGCUAUUCGCUGGUAUCAAGUUAUGUUUAAAGUUUUCUCGAUGAUACCACGUUUCGUGGUUUGAGAAACAGACGAGGAGAUCACGAUUUUACCAACUUUAGUAAAUUACAAACAGAGCUGUUCCUUUGGUUCCGGAAUUUAAAAUUCAGAGAAUGGUAACUUGUUGGAAAAUAACUUUGAAUUCCAGUUCCUUUUCCAGGAAAUGGAACUAAAACAUGACUGUACAUAUGAAUAUCCGCCAAUUGGGGCGUCAUUUUCUCUCCAGUAUUGUGAAAAAUUUGCGUCCUUUUGUCCAGUCUCUCUUCCUCCGUUGUCCGGGCUGGUGCUGACGGUUUGGUGGAGGAAGAGAGAGGCCGCUGAAAACAAAGUUGGUUCUUUUGUAUGGAAAAAGAACGGACAUAGGGAGCAACGUAUCAACGGCAAAUAUUCAAAAUGGCGGCGCGCGGGUAAUUGACGAGCGGAAAAAAUCAUUUCUAUUAUCAAUAUUGUUUUGUUCACAAGCAAUGAAUUUUCCUCUGACUUUGUGGUAAAAGAACUAGAAUUUGGACUUUUUAGGAGCUGGUUUUUAAUUUCUUGUGUAACGAGUGCUCAUUAACUUCGUUGUUGCUUUGUUUAGACGCUAUCACAGGCUGCAGUCCCGUUACACUCACCUACGCUUGUAUAGUGAUGGUGGCGAGUUAAGAGACAGGGACCCCCUGAUUGAAGAUGACGAACAAGCAGAUAACGAACCGGCCUUGCACCCUCAACCGGGGGGGACGUUACGGUAUAUAGCACUUCCUACCAAUAGCGAUCCCGAUCCAGUCAGUGAUGAUGAACUCAUUGAUAACUUUCAGCCAGGUAAGUAACACAGACUGAUUAUGGAGCGACGAUGACGACGCCAGUGAGAACUCCCCGAAAAACUGACUUGGCGUCCUUUCAAACCUUUUCGCGAUUAUUUCACGGGUCUGAGCUCAGACAGAUACAGUAAAAAGUUGACAUUUCACCUCGUAGUUGUACAGAGACGGCCAUUGUUGUUUUGCUCCAUGAAUUUUCCUGUUGUCUUUGCCGUCGCCGUCGUAGUUUCGUAAGGUCCCUGUUUGUCAUGUGUUGAAAAACUUUAAACAAAAAAUACUAAAAGAAGGUCCAAAUCAGGCCAAAGGUUAUUCAAAAUUGUGGGGUACAAAAUAAGUUUAUUAUGGGAGAUGUGCAAAUGGUGAAUUGGCCUUUUUGAAGACUGGGUCAGGUUUCGUCUGUUAUUGCCCAUUGGCAGGUAUGUCCUCUUUAUAUGGGUAUUUGGUGCGGUAUCGGUUCUUUUAUUGGUUUCAUAUUAUGAAGUUGCGCAGGAACGUGGAUCUAAGAACCGGUCAAUAGGCCUUUUGCAUCGAGCCGUCUGUCACCUGCAUUUAUAAAUGACAUAGCUUUUUCUAAAACAAAACCAUAAGUGAAAGUAUCUCGAAAGCCAACAGGUCAGUUUUGGAUUAUUAAAAUUCAUACUUUGCUCUUAGCCUGAGUGGAGUAAAAACAGAAAAAGUGACUUUGAGAUUCAGGGAUGGAUAUAGUAAUUAUUUUCUUUUGCUUUAUAUCCCGAAGCCUCGGAGUCAAGUAACAUGACUUUCUAUUUUUUGAAGUUGGUCUAAAUAUAAGAAAUAAAAGUUUCAAACAAGGACAAAAUUUUGCCAAACCCGUUGUGCUUCCCAAUUCAAGUGCGUUUCUGUUUUUACGAGAACGUGUUCCUGUCAUGUAUCUAAAAAGUACACCUCUCUAGAGUGAACCGAAGUCCCUAACCAUUUCCCUAACGAACCGCGGCAAGUUUAUGCACCAGUCGCGCCGAGAUCACUGUUCCCUUUGGGUCACUGUCAGUCAUAAAGUGCUUUAGUAAUGAAUCUUGUCAUGCUGGCUUUUACGUUUCUUGCUAUUUUGUGACUCGUGUCCUAUUUCUGACAGGAACAUUGGCUGUUUUGCCACCUGACCAAAAUGGAGUGGUACAGGACGGAAAUCCAAUCGCUUGAAUAAGCAAAGAAAUGAACCUGCAUGAUAUGGAGUGUAGUAUGUAUUCCCUCCAUGUAAUAAAUAAGUUAAAAUCAAGGGAAAAGUUUGUAAAACCGCUUGCUCUUUUUGACCAAAAGAGGAUGUAUCUUUUUCCUUCUCCUUGACUAGGCUGCUCUCUAGCUAUUGGCACACGCAAAAGAAGUUCCUUCAAUUAGAGUGCAGUACGUUUUUAUUUAACACUCACU